UAUUUUGUUUAAACUGUAAUAGCAAUGGAUACAUCACGAUGUAAGCAUAUCAGAUUUCCAGGCAAAAGUGACCUUUCUGUAAACGUAGAAAAAUACAUUAAAAAAUUAGAAGAGGAGUUUGAAAUCGAUAUUAAGAAGAUAUCGCAAUGGGAGAGUUUAAUAGAAAAGCUUCACCAAAUGAAAACAAGGUAUAAAGAUAAAUUAAAAGACAUGCAGCAUCGAAAAAAACAAAUAAUAGAAAAACUUUAUAUAGAAAAUUAUAGACCGUCACCGUUUGAAUUAACAGCUCUUUUGGCAAGAACAUCUGACCUUUGGAAAGAAAUAGAAAAAAAUAACAAAAAGAAACAAAAAGUCGAUAUAACUAAUGUCCUCGAAAAAGUUAUUACACCAAGUGAGGAUGAAGUCAACGAGGAGAUAUUUGGAGAAAUGACUGCAGUUGACAUAUCGACUGUUCAUCCAAAUACAGAAAUAGUCCAUUCUAAUAAUUUGUCAAGGUCAGUGGUAGAGCCUGAUGAUAAAUCAGAUGCCCCUACAACUAUGCCUUUGAUAAUUUGUACCAAUCAACAUAAGGUAGUUUCUCCUUUAGGUUCAAAUUACAUUCCGUUGAGCUAUCAUUCUAUUAAAUUAAAUAGUCUCGAUACUAAUGUGAACAUUACUGAAGACGAACGAAUUCUCACAAAUAAUAUGAGAACAAUAAACUGUGACCCUAAAACAAUUGUUAUUCAAAAUAAUACAGAAGUACACAAUAUAAAAUUUUCGUUAAGGAAUGAUUCGAAUGCUUAUGUUUAUAUACGAUACAUAGGACUUACCGAUUGUACUGGUUUUAUGAAAUUCAAACUUAGGCCAAUUCUUCCUAUUAAGCUUUGUGCUGGUUUAUCGCAAAUAUAUAAAUUACGUUUACAAUUAGUGCCAAAUUUUAAAUAUAAAACUACCAUUAAAUUCAAAAUCAGCAAUAGUUCUAUCAACAAGCAUGUUGAAUUUUUAAAUAUUCCAAUAAAUUAUGACUCAGAGGAAGAUAUGAUCAAUAAACAAAGAUCAAUAGAUGUGUCUAAAACUGUGAAUAUACGCUCUGUGUAUCAAUGGGAAAUUAAAGGUGAAAGAAGUUACCCUUUUGGAGAAUUAAAAGUAACUAACAAUGGUGAUCGUAAAUAUCAUGUACAUAUUGAAAAGCGAUCACUGGAUUUGUCGAAAUGUUUAAUUACUGAGAGUCCUGAUUCCCUAUCUGUUGAACAUUUAGGAACGGAAAGUUAUAUAAUUAGAAACAACACUGAUUUAACUAGCAAUUUGCUUUCACUAGUAACAGAAUUUCAGAACAAUAUAGCAGAAAAUGUUGAAGUAUCAGAGGAUAUUACGACUCCUUUUAUAAACGAUGUCAUUGAUGCUUGUUUCGAUACAUAUUUGCUCGAACACACAUAUUUAUAUAUAGCCUCGCGUUCCGAGCAGAAAAUCAAAGUUUAUUUUACUAAACCACAACAUAUUGGACUGCACCAAUGUUAUUACGACUUAAAUUUUUACGACACAGAUGAAAAUAUUGUACUUACGAGAACGGUCAGAGUGUUUUCGGAAGUUUUACCUCACCCUGUGCAGAUAUAUCCUCCUAUUUUAGAUAUGACAAAUACUCCUGUCUCUUUCGGUUUGUGUGUUGACUUUUUCACUAUUUCCAAUAUACACAAGAGCCAAGGAGUUAGUAUUAAAGUACAGCUAACAGAAAAAAUGAUUAAACUAUUUCGCGUAUCGCCGAUGAAAACUUUAAUACAACCAAUGUCUUCGGUAAAAUUUGAAGUGAGUUGUUGUCCCAGAAGCAAGGAUUUGGAAGAGAAACGCAAUCACCAAGCAUAUUUUACAAUUAAAAUACUUUUGUCCGGUCAUAAAUCAAUUUAUCAAAAUGUACCACACAUGUAUUAUGAAUUAAUUCUCCCAUGCGUAUCAGAAUUUUGUAAAGUAUACAAUAAAUCGCUUACUGACUAUAAGUAUGAACUAAGUCCAGAAGAAUUGUCCGAAGUUGAAGAAACUGCAGAUUAAAAGCCAUACCUCAAUAAAAGUGUCAGUAAUUCAUCUUAGAAAUAUAAAAUAUAUUUAUACAGAAUAUUUAAAUUGCAUGCAAACUAUAAAUCACGCGUGUGACAAAUUUUACCGCAAUAAAAGUAACAUUAAUGGCGAUGUUUCAAGGAAUGUUGUCUGCGAGGACGGCAAGGAUUAAAACCAGUUGACGUGACCAACAUAUAAGUGUUACAGGUCACCAGAGUCGAUUGCCCGUACCCGCACAAUAUUCCAGUUCAGAAUUACAGGUCGCGAGAACCUGUUUAACGACAAUCGAUUAUAAAUCAACGUAAACAUCGAUACCGACUGUGGUAAUAAUCGAGUUAUUGUGUGCAUCGAAUAGGCGGGUGUUACGUGUUGGCAACUUGUAGGUUGCGGUUUCAUGUCAUUUAAUGCAGUAAUAUAUGAGGUUAGUCCUCUUACUGGGUAGCUGCGUAGUUAAAGGGUCAAUUCAGAAUAGGCAAUAAAUUGAGCAAUGAGCAACCAAUAAAAAUGUGUGCAUUGA